AUGCGCAUCUACUUUUAUGCAAAGUACCUGCAAUCGCCAGAAAUUCCUUUUAUCUGGUCUCUACGAUAUACUGAGUCCAAUCUCGCAGCCGGAAUAUUCCCACUGUGUCUUUUCCUCACUAGACAACUACUAGCACUGGCAACUUCUAUUAGCACGCGAACACAAGUCUAUCUGCUCAGCUGCGUGUGUUUUCUUUGGUCAUCAGCUGUAUCAGCCAGAGAUCACCCAAUUACAGUGAUCCUUCUCAUCCAAGUCGAGGGCCAUGGUAUUUGA